AUGGCUCCAGAUACCACGCCCUUGCCCCUGGCAUCGGGCCAAACUACGACCACACAGCCGCCAUCUCAGUCGCCGUUCUCUCGCCAGAUACGGCAAGUAGGUCUCUACCUCGCUGGCGCAGGCUUCCUUGCGGCCUCGGUAGCUGUAUCCCGCCGGUCCGUCAUACGCAUGAGGGCCGCCACAAUACCACCAUUCUACGUGUCAAAUCGAGCCCCCAUAAACGCAGACGACAAGGGCAUCAUUGCUGCGCGCGCCCUCGGCCUGGCUACGCUCAAUGUCAUGAGCUUCGGUGUCAUGCUCCUCGGCGGCAUCGGGUGGGCAUUCGACCUGACUUCCAUGUCGGAAUUGAGAGAGAGGACGCAGGCUCAGCUCACUAAACCCACCAACCUCAGCCGCGAGGACGAGGAUGAGGUCGAGGAGGAAAUGAACAAGAUGAUCGACUCACUCUACGAAAAGCUAGGCAUGACCAAGCCUCCGACUACAGAGCUGGAGCAGAUUCAACAGCAGCAGCAAAAACAGCAAGACGAACCAACAAAGGGCCGGCCGGUAGACAGAAAUGAAUCAUAA